CACGGGGCUGGAUUCAUUUCUACACGGCGUCAGAGCUCGUUAAUGUUUGGUGUAAUUUCCCAGAGUGAACAAGUCCCUGGAGAUGUACAGUAACACUCACACUCCGGAUCAGCAGUGUUGACUUAAGACUGGGAGGUUAACCUGUACAGGAGCAGCUUCACUCAUCACAGCUUUCCAUUAAGGGUUUUUAUUUUCUAUCAACUAUGAUCAUGAAGAGACGAGGUGAAGCUCAACUGAAUGGAGUUUCAGAUGCUGGAGCUUCUGAUGCUCCAUCAAGCUCCAGCUCUGUGUGUGGAUGUGGAGGAUGUGCGAGGAAACUGCGGAGCUGCAUCCCUGUCAGUUACAAAGAGGAAACCAUAGAGUUACUGAAAUUAGUCGGACCUGUGUUUAUUUCCCAGAUGUUGAUCUUCAUGAUCAGCUUCGUCAGCACUGUGUUUUGUGGGCACUUGGGGAAAACGGAGUUAGCCGGUGUUGCUCUGGCUAUAGCUGUCAUUAAUGUCACAGGCCUGAGUGUUGGUGUAGGUUUGUCGUCCGCGUGCGACACACUUAUCUCUCAGACAUUUGGCAGUAAUAACCUCAAGCGUGUUGGGGUGAUCCUACAAAGAGGGAUCCUCAUCCUCCUGCUGGCCUGCUUCCCCUGCUGGGCCGUCCUGAUCAACACCGAAUCCAUCAUGCUGGCUGUCAGACAGAGCCCCACGGUGGCCAGUCUCUCACAGCUGUAUGUAAAGAUAUACAUGCCCGCUCUCCCUGCUGCUUUUAUGUUCCAGUUGCAAGCCAAAUAUUUACAGAAUCAGGGUAUAAUAUGGCCUCAGGUGAUCACAGGGGCUGCUGGAAACAUCCUGAACGCUUUGAUAAACUAUAUCUUUCUUCAUUUGCUUAAUCUGGGUAUAGCAGGUUCUGCCAUGGCUAAUUCCAUUUCUCAGUUCGCCUUAGCUGUGUUUCUUUACGUCUACAUUCGCUGGAAAGGGCUGCACAAGGCCACGUGGGACGGCUGGUCUCGGGACUGCCUGCAGGAGUGGGGUCCCUUCUUUCGUCUUGCUUUACCUAGCAUGCUAAUGCUGUGUGUUGAGUGGUGGACUUAUGAGAUUGGAGGAUUCCUGGCAGGUCUGAUCAGCGAGGUUGAGUUAGGAGCGCAGUCUAUUGUGUACGAGGUGGCCACUAUUGCGUACAUGUUUCCUCUCGGCUUCGGUGUGGCAGCCAGCGUGAGAGUUGGAAAUGCUCUCGGAGCAGGAAACACACAACAGGCGAAACUUUCCAGCAAAAUGUCACUGAUCUGUGGACUCAUGGUCUCGUGUGUUGUUGGUGCUGCAUUAACUGGAAGCAAGGAUAUUAUUGCGUACAUCUUUACCACUGACACGGAAAUUGUGGAGAGAGUUUCAGGAAUCAUGGUGAUGUACGGAGGUUUCCAUCUGUUUGACGCGGUUGCAGGGAUUACAGGUGGUAUUGUGAGAGGUGCAGGAAAGCAGCUGCUCGGUGCUGGUUGUAUGCUAGUGGGUUAUUAUUUUGUUGGAUUCCCGAUCGGAGUGUCGCUCAUGUUCGUGCUUAAAAUGGGAAUAGUGGGUCUGUGGACUGGUUUGUUCGUGUGUAUCUUCUUGCAGUCUAUUUUCUUUCUUAUUAUAAUUUAUAAACUUGACUGGAAACGUGCCACUGAAGAGGCCCUGAAAAGAGCAGGAGUACAAACAGCUGAAGCCAAACCUGAAGCCUACGCUUUAGAAAACGUGUGUGUAGAUGAAGAUGUACGACGUAUGGAAGCCCAACCCAGGGAAGGAGAGCAGACUGAUGUGGAGGCUAAAGAGGAAAACAAUGAAGAAAGAUCUGUAGAGAACGGAGUGGCGGUCACAGUGGGUGAUGUUCUGACCACCAAGCAGCUGGUUGUUCGUCGGGGGUUGGCUAUUUUACUGAUGAUACUCAUACUCGCCGCUGGGAUCACGCUAAACGAGAUUCUCACAGGCCUCCUGAGAUGAGAACGACGCAAUAAACCCAAAGCCAAAACGUUACCUUUCUCAGCAAAUAUUUUGACAUCCAGGGAGGGCAGAAAUAUUAGCCUGAGGGUCAGACUCCCUGCAGGAAAAUGAAAAUAAAGAACACUGAGCCAAACUAAGGGCUGACGGCAAACUGUACCUUGGUCAGAUCGUAUCACGUUAACCGUUCAAGUCCUUCUUUUUACAUGAACUCAUAUCUUAAUAAUUAAACCAAAGAAUUUGUAGCUGAGAUAAAAAAAAAAAAGAAAGAAGCCAAAUUAUUAACAAGCCAUCCUCAUCUGAAGGUUGUUGGGGUUGUUUAUUGUAAAUAUUCCACACAAAUGUUUUUUAAAUAACAACUUGUACUAUGCAAAAUAUUAAAGAAAUGCAAAGAGUCUGACAGUGACUUAUCACAUUUAUCCAGAAUCAGACUCAAGACCAGACCCUCAGGGAUCCUGCACUGAGCAAUAUAAUGGGUUUGAUUUUAAGCAGGAAUGGAAAAGGACAUUGUUUCCCUUGGACUGAUGCAUUUAUUUCACUUACAGACUCCAUUAUUAAUAUUUAAACUCCAUCACUGAGAUUAGACACACAGGAUGUAGGAUUGUCAAACCUGCCAUCUAGGCACUAACUCCCGAGAGAUGCUUUUAUCACAAAUACAUCUGAAUGUACACACACACACACACACACACACACACACACACACACACACACACACACACACACACACACAUGAUUCUCAGCAAUACAGUAAUAGCAAAUGUUCCUGUUCUGACUCAAUGACUCAACAAAAAAAUAAAUUUUGGAUAUUAUUAAGACA